CCACCCAAGCUUGUGUCGGCAUCAUGUCCUGGCCAUGGGCCUCCUCGUGAGCUCGGCCUCGCUCCUGCUGACUUCGACCGAGGCCCGGAACGACGCGCCCGUGACACUUGGCCGCGUGUUUGAAGACGACUAUGACCUUGCAAUGACCACGACGCUGGGUGCUGGGGCCUUUGGCAUGGUGCUGCAGUGCGUCGAGAAGCAGAACCAGUCGAUCGCGGCCGUCAAGAUGAGCGCCGACUCGCUCGAAGAGGCGGUGCGCGAAAAGACGGCUCUGGGCUGCGUCGCGAUGGCCGGCGGCCACGAACAUAUCGUUCGCAUGAAGAACCACUACACACACGACGGCUUCCACUACCUCGUCAUCGAGUACGUGCACGGAUCGACGCUCUUCGACUACAUGCAGCACCGGCGACGGCUCGACGAAGUGGAGGCCAAGCGCGUGCUUUCGCAGAUCGCGUCGGCCUUGGCGUUUAUCCACGCCCACGGCAUGGUCCACUGCGAUCUGAAGCCCGACAACAUCAUGCUCACCGACGACGACGGUCGCGUCAAGCUCAUCGACUUUGGCUCGGCCACAAUUCCCGACCCGCACACGAGCUCCAUGCCGCUGCAGCGAGCCAUGCGCUUGGCGUCGGCGCCGCUCUCGGGCACCAAGUCGUACUGGUCGCCCGAGAUGCUCGCCGCCGAGUCGGCGCCCGUCGUUGCCGCCAUGGACAUGUGGGCGCUGGGGUGCAUUCUGUACAUCAUGAUCACGGGCGUGCAUCCGUUCGACCCUCGGGGCUCGCUCUCGGAGGACGAAAUCCAGGCCGCGAUUCUCUCCAAGGACGUCGACUUUCCCGUCGCGCAGUGGUACCUUGUCUCAAAAGAAACCAAAGCCAUCGUGCGCGGGCUCUUGGAGAAGGAUCCGAGAAAGCGCUUGACCGCCGAUACGCUUUUGUCACUGCUCUAAUCGACGAUCUCGCGCCAUUUUUGACGAGCACCACCUCUCUGCUACUCUGUACACUACGCCAUAGACUCGACGACUGCGACGAGGGAACAGUCGUCCUCGUAUAAUAUACCCAUGGGCUCCCAG